AGCGCCGGCCGAGCCCCUCCCACCUUGCCCCGGGGCCGACGAGCGGCGCCCCGGCACCCCCUCUUCGCCCGCAGCCCCGCCAGCGCCACCCUACGUGGGCCGCAGGGGCUCAUGCAGCCGCUAAGGGAGAGGCUAGUGGUAACAGGCCGAGCUGGAUGGAUGGGUAUGGGGAGAGGGGCAGGACGUUCAGCCCUGGGAUUCUGGCCGACCCUCGCCUUCCUGCUCUGCAGCUUCCCCGCAGCCACCUCCCCGUGCAAGAUCCUCAAGUGCAACUCUGAGUUCUGGAGCGCCACGUCGGGCAGCCACGCCCUGGCCGCGGACGACGCCCCCGAGUUCUGCGCCGCCCUGCGCACCUACGCCCUGUGCACGCGGCGGACCGCCCGCACCUGCCGGGGCGACCUGGCCUACCACUCGGCCGUCCAUGGCAUAGAGGACCUCAUGAGCCAGCACAACUGUUCCAAGGAUGGCCCCACCUCACAGCCGCGUCUGCGCACGCUCCCGCCGGCGGGGGACAGCCAGGAGCGCUCGGACAGCCCUGAGAUCUGCCACUACGAGAAGAGCUUCCACAAGCACUCGGCCGCCCCCAACUACACGCACUGCGGCCUCUUCGGGGACCCGCACCUCAGGACUUUCACAGACCGCUUCCAGACCUGCAAGGUGCAGGGUGCCUGGCCGCUCAUCGACAAUAAUUACCUGAACGUGCAGGUCACCAACACACCUGUGCUGCCGGGGUCGGCAGCCACGGCCACCAGCAAGCUCACCAUCAUCUUCAAGAACUUCCAGGAGUGUGUGGACCAGAAGGUGUACCAGGCAGAGACGGAUGAGCUCCCUGCUGCUUUUGCUGAUGGAUCCAAGAAUGGUGGGGACAAGCACGGGGCCAACAGCCUGAAGAUCACCGAAAAAGUGUCGGGCCAGCACGUGGAGAUCCAGGCCAAGUACAUCGGCACCACCAUCGUCGUGCGCCAGGUGGGCCGCUACCUGACCUUCGCAGUCCGCAUGCCCGAGGAGGUGGUCAAUGCCGUGGAGGACCGGGACAGCCAGGGCCUCUACCUCUGCCUGCGGGGCUGCCCCCUCAACCAGCAGAUCGACUUCCAGGCCUUCCGUGCCAACGCUGAGGGCCCCGGCACCCGCAGGCCACCGGCGGCCGGCCCCGCACCUGCAGCUCCCGAGAGCUUCCCGUACGAGACGGCCGUGGCCAAGUGUAAGGAGAAGCUGCCCGUGGAGGACCUGUACUACCAAGCCUGCAUCUUUGACCUCCUCACCACGGGCGACGUGAACUUCACGCUGGCCGCCUACUAUGCCUUGGAGGACGUCAAGAUGCUGCACUCCAACAAGGACAAACUGCACCUGUACGAGAGGACUCGGGAGCUGCCGGGCAGGGCGGCUGCUGCAGGGCUGCCCCCAGCCCCCCAGCCCCUGCUCAGCACCCUCAUCCUGCUCCUCGCCCUGCUCCCUGUGUUCUGGUAGACAGCUGCCAUGUGGGACGCAGAGGGGGAGCGAGCUCUGUCCCCGAGCCUGCAGCGUCUCUGUCUGAGGCCUGGGAAUGCAGAUCGGCUGGCGCGUCCCCUGUGGCCCAGCCACCUCUGCAGCACUCAAGAGCAGGGGC